AUGACUGAUUAUUGGACCUGGAAAGUGACCGACCUGAAAGCGGAGCUGAAGCGGCGCGGUAUUCCGCAGACGGGUCUGAGAGUCAAACAAAAUUUUAUCGACAGGCUUCUGGAAGAAGAUGCAAAGCAAGAGGGUGAAGGCGCGAACGGCGAAUUGACAAGUCCUCAAGAUGCGCCAGACGCUAACGAGCAGUUAACGACUGAACAGCCUGUGCAGGAACCCGACGCCGACAUUUCUCAACCGGAAGAGCCUAAGCCGCAGGUGACAGCGCCGGAGUCUGAAGAGCCCAAAGAGGACAAAGAAGAGAAGCGAACACCUGAAAAGGUAGAGCAAGUGGAGGAACCGAUUGUACAAACCGAGCAACCUAAGCCCGAACCUCCAGCGGAAGGAUCGGCGACUGAUACAGAAGCGAAGGAACAACCUGAGGUUUCGAGCAAGGAAUCACAACAUGAUCAGGUCGCAGACGCCGGAAUUGGCGGUGGAAGCAGUGCGCCUUCACUCGCGCAAGCACAGCCUGAAGCUGAGCACCCUGCCGAACCGGUCGAGCAGGCUCCCGGAAGCGCAGAAACGGUGCAGCCUACACCUGCAGGACCAGACUCCAAAGAACUUCCAGAUUCUGCUGAGAAGACUGCGACUCAACCAUCGGCAGCGACUACCGGACUGUCAACGCCUCUCCCUGUGGACGAGAUGAUCGAGGACACUCGGAAGCGGAAGCGUCGCAGUCAAACUCCUAUUCCAACACCGGAGGCGGUUGCAAGCAAAAGGGUCAAGGCCCUGGAGGAGUCGCCCCGAGUUCUACUGCCUGAAGACCGUGAUAUCAUGGAUGUGGAAGAUAGUUCUGAGAAGAAGGCCGCUGCCGCCGCCGCCGUUCCUGGUGAGAACGAGCAUGUCCAUAACCAAAAUGCAGCUGAAGGAAAUGCUCCGAUUACUGAUGCGACUCGUCGUGCAUCGAUAAGUGAUGACGUGCGGACAAAGGGAACUGCGCCUAUCAAGCAAGAUGCUCGUUUCAAGGACCUUUUUGCACCAGCAGACAGAGAGCAGAUUCGCGCCCCAUCACCUCCGGCAGAUACAGCAAUGGAAGAUGUUGAGGUCGAACCCGCGCUACACGUCGCGACCGCAGCCUUGUAUAUCGAUGGACUGAUGCGUCCUCUUCAACCUACUGCACUUAAAAACCAUCUUGUCAGCAUCGCAACGGCUCCUGGCUCAUCACCCGAUCCUGGCGUGAUCGUUGACUUUUACUUGGAUCCCAUCAAAACGCACUCUUUUGUCACGUUCACCAACAUAUCGGCUGCCUCGAGAGCGCGAACAGCCUUGCACGGUGUUGUUUGGCCCAACGAAAGCAACAGAAAGACUCUAUUUGUCGAUUUCAUUCCCGAGCGAAAGCUGCAGCAAUGGGUCGCAAAGGAGGAAGAAUCGCGCAGGCGCGGUGGUCCCCCGCCUCGUUGGGAAGUCCGGUAUGACCGGACCGACGAUGGUGUCGAGGCUGUUCUGCAGGAAGUGGACCCUAAGGGUGCCGCUUCGCGUCAGGCGCCUGGUCGAGCCUCGACUGACUUCUCUCGUCCCCCUCCCUUGGGCCCCAGAGCAAGCAUUGGCAAUAAGGACAGACGCCCUAGCGGCCCUCCACCCCCAGAACUUCGUCCUAGACCUGGGCAAGGGUUCAAGCCGUUGGAUGAUCUCUUUGAAUCCACUACAACCAAGCCGAAGCUCUACUACCGCCGUGUCCCUCGCGAAGUGGCCGACCGACGUCUGGAUCGGUUCGAUGACCUGCUGCGGAAAGGAUCGUUUCCGCGGCGUGGCGGCGAUGAGACUAGGCGAAUCACAUUUGAAGACGGUGACUUCUUCGUUGACAAUGGGCCGGAGUUUGGAAGCCGUAGCAACAGACCGCGCCGUGGCCGGGGUCGUGGAGGCAGCAUGGGGGACUCAUGGAGAGGUAGAAGAGGCCGUGACUAA